UCCCAUCAUCCUUUAUUCUACAAUAGACAUACUCGCAUACAACAGUGAAAAUGAACUAACUGGAUACGCACUUUACACUGUGUACAUGACACAAAACAUUCUGUUUAAACGGAAUACAACGGUUUACAAUCCCACGGUUAUAUUAAGGCCGAAACACAAUGGAGAUUGUCCUAUAUAAUUCGAUCCACUGAAAAGAAAUCUAUGGCGGACUUAAAUCGUAUGGAAAAAGAAAGUAGAAUACUAAACAUGAUGAAGUGACAAGUUACUUUUGCAUCAUGGCAAGUAAUAUACCCCAAUGUGAGCCAUGUGCUGAAGAUGGGUCCUAUCUUGAAGCAACACGAUGGUGCUGCGAGUGUCAACAGUGGCUUUGUGACCAUUGCGGAAAAUAUCACAAACGUCUAGCUGCUACCAAAGCACAUACUUUGCUAUCAAAGUUAGAAUAUGAAAAACUUCCAAAUAUGGCAUCAGCUAUAAGCAGAAAAUGCCAUAAACAUUCAGAUAAGGAUCUUGAAUUCUAUUGUAGUAAUCACAUUUCUGCUAUCUGCUUUUCUUGCAUGAAAGAAGAACAUGCAUUAUGCAAAAGCGUAAACAAACUAAAGGAUGUUGCAUCAGGAAUAAAAUCGUCUGCAGCAUUCACUGACAUAAUGGCUACAUUAGAAGAUUUUGUUGAUGUCUUUGAAAAGCUACAAGAAGAUCGAAAGAAAAAUAAGGACAACCUAAAAGCAGCAAAACAUGUUAUUGAUACAAAAGUCCAGAACCUUCUUGAUGAAAACCAAAAAUAUCUAAAACAGCUAGCAGCUGACUUGCAAUCAGAAGUACACAAGAAAUAUACUGAAGAAGCAUCAUCUUUAGAUUUAGAAAUAGACACUUAUAAAACCAAAAGGUCUGUUUUAGAGAAGAAAUUAUCUGAUGUAAAAACAAUGGUGGAAUAUGCAUCAGAUGAACAAAUGGUUUUGUCUCUUGAAGACAUAAACAGAGAUGUUUCAAAACAUGAAGAAUACCUGCAAAGUCUAAAUGGACAUGUAUUCACAAAAACACUUGCAGUUGAUCUAAAUUUGAACGCCUUGCAUUUAAAUGAUUUAGUGCCUUCCUUUGGUCAGGUAUCCGUUCAAUCUGUAAAAUGUCCAGUGAGGCUUACUGGUAAAAACAAAGCAAUGGUGGCAACAAAUUUAUUGCAAACAGCAAAGUCAACAGAUGAUGUACGAAGAAAAGCUGAAGCAAGACCAAUUGAUAACACCUUUAUUCUAGUACGUCAAUUUGCCAUUCCCCUAUCGAGACAGAAACAGAAUGUUAUAAGAGAUAUCAAAUGCCUUCCUAAUGGAUACCUUGCAAUGACUGAUAGUGAAAAUAAUCGAGUUCUUAUAAUUGAUCAAAAUGGAUCGACAAUGUUACAAGAAUCUCUUCAAGGUAGCCCAAGAUGUCUUACCUUCACAAAAGAUGGGAGAAUUGCAGUUACGCUAUUUGAUCAGCAGAAAGUGCUCAUCUGGAACCCAUAUCAACCAUCAAAAAAGGAAAACAUUGAUGUCAAUGAUGAGUGUACUGGGAUUGCUUGUGUCAAUGAUAUUUUGAUCAUUAAUUGUCAAAGAAGAGGUCUUCUGUUUUAUAAUGUAAUAGACACAAAUAGCAAAAGACUUAUAGAGUACACAGGAAAAUUGGACAUACAUGAACUUGGUGUAGAUAAUCUUUAUAUUUACAAGUCAAAAACUAACGACUUCAUAACUCUGGACAUAAAUUCAGGACUUGAGAAUAAAAGAUUUAAAGUGUACUCUAAAAUGCCAUCCUGUCUAGCAAAAGAUGAUGUUGACAACUUCUACAUUAUCGAUUCUUCAAAUGCUAUAAGAAAAAUUGAUACCAGAACAUGUAAAAGUGAAAUUGUUCUUGAUAUGACGUGUGGGAUUAACAAACCACAAGCAGUAGCAACUUUUGUCGAAAAGUCAAGAGGCUUCAUGUCAUUUCAAAGUGUCACUAAAUUUUACCUCUUUGUUGUUAACAAUGAGGGUAGUUCUAUUUUAAUGUUUCAAAAAAAGUAAUUACUUUUGUCAGUGACAUUUUGAAUUUAUGUUUGCUAUCGUAGUCACAUAGCAAAAAAAACAAGCAUUCUGAGAGUAUUGUAUGGCAAUACAUAGUCCCCUACCAGGUAAACAUUCAUUUUACUGGAACAAAAUGCUAACUUGUUCUAUAACUUGUCAUGGUGUAAACAAAAAGUAAAUAUCAUGUCACUAUCUUCAAGCAUGACUUAAAACAGUGUGGAAAACUGAUUAUAGAGUGAAAAAAACAUUAGAUAUGAUUAAUAGUUCUCUAAAAUUAGAUAUGAUGUAGUACAAUGUAUAUCUAUUUUCAAAUUAUAAUCAAAUAUAAUUAAUAUUUUUUCUUUCAUUUGUCACAAAGUAAUAUAGAUUUGUAACUUAUCUAUAAAAUGUCAACAACUUUUAUCUACACAAUGUAAUGUAUUGAAAUAUAUACAUUAAUAAAAAUAGAUUAUUAUAUAAUUAAAGGAUUUCUCUUCAUAAUUUUUUUUUAUAUAUAUAGCAUUCAGAAAAUUAGAUUAUACUAAAUAACAAACAAACCUGCCAAAAAAUUCUUCAACUAAUAUAACAAAGAAUGUCUUUUAAAAAAUGAGUUAUCACCCAUUUGUACAGCAAUAUGGUUUAACAUAGUACCCUUACAUUAGAUAUGGUCCAGAUUUAUGGUCCAUAACUCUGGACUAAAUCAUCAGACCGGAACAAGAUUCAAACUUGAUCUAUAUCUUCUCAUGAUAAACUAUAUAUACCAAAUAUCAAAUAAAUAUCUUCAAGAACAAAGAAAAAAAGUGCGGAAAGCUGAUUUGCCGGACUGACGGAUGGACAGACGGACAGACAGACGGACAGAGUGCAAACCUGAAGUCCCCUUCGACUUCGUCGGUAGGGGACUAAAAACAAUAACUUUAUGUUCUAAAUUGUGAAAAAUUUACUUGUGAAAAUAGGUUGGUUAAUUGUGUUAAUAAUUAUAAAUAUCUUGGUUUGCUUUUUAGUGCAUCAGGGUCAUUUUCAUUUGCUCAGACUGAACUGUAUAAAAAGUCUUUGAAGGCUUAUUAUAAAUUGUAUAGGAAUUUGAUAUCACUUUGAUAAUCCAAGCAUAAGUACCAGUUUACAUGUAUUUGAUCAUACCAUAAAACCAAUACUCCUAUAUGGGUCUGAAAUAUGUGGAACUUUUAACCCAUUUUCAGCAAGAUUCAGAAAUGGAACCUAACCAUUUGAUAAAAUCUAUUCCAGUUUAAAAUGUGAGCGACUACACAUCAAAUUUAGUAAACUUGUUUUAGGUGUUCAUAAAAAAACCCACGAAUUUUGGAAUUUUAUCCGAGCUAGGGCAAUUCCCAUUAUAUUAUGAUAUAAUUAAAUCUAUGUUGAAUUACUGGUAUCACUUGGAAAAUCUUGAUUCCAGUUUCUUUCUUCUCAAAGAUGCUUAUUUAACAUCACAAAAUCUUUUUCAUUAAAAAAAAAACAUCUUGGUAUGGCUCUAUGAAGUCAGUUCUUGAAACAAUCCCAGACAUCAAUCAUAUAGCUUUAUCAUCACCAUUAAGUAAUAGCUUUGAAAGCUAAUAUGAAAAAAAUAUAAAAAUCAUACUUUUUAUUUAACUAUGGCACACUUAAAGGAUAAAUUAUUUAGAUGGUAAAGUUAGAACUUGUGUUACAUUUAAAUCAAAUUUUGGAAGAGAAAAAUAUCUUUCCAUUAUGGGAAAUUUUGAACAGAAUUUCAUCACACCACUUAAGAAUUGAGUCCGGAAGGUGUCAGGGUACGCUCCUAAAUGACAACUUGUACUCGUGUAACUCUGGAGAUGUGGAGGAUGAAUAUCAUUUUCUAUUUCAAUGUGUUAAAUUUAAUGAUGACCGCAUUCAUCUAUUUCAAGAAAUAACUAAAAAUUGCCCCAAUUUUCUAAGUCAUAACUCAAAAGAUAAACUGAUAUGGCUUAUGAACACAGAAGAUAAGUCGAUUCUCACUGCUGCUGGUAAAUUUUUUUCUAAAAAUUAUUAGUGGUGUGGCUUUCUUGUCUGCUUCAGACACGAGGAGGACUGCUCCUUGAGCACCAACCCUGGUGUCUGUUGCAGUGGGGAAAUCUACACUAUUCUCAAUACCUAUUACUGCAGUAUAUGUUAUUUGCUGUGAAUAAACUUGAACUUUUGUUACAUUUAUGUUUGUUUCUCUGCAUCAGAUACGAGGAGGUUUGUUAGAGCUCUUAAGCUCACAAUCCUAGUGCAUCGUCCCUUGGUACCUGUUGCAGCUAAUCAAUCAAUUAUAUUUAUACAUUUCCAGUAAAAAUAUUAAAUAAAUAAAAUAAAAGAACAGAGUUCCAAUGUCCCCCGCGCUGCACAUAUUUUAUAUUUCCAAGGGGCAUAACUCUUUUUAAAAAAGUCGAUCGUCCUACAUUAUAAAACUUGUUCGAGAUAUUGCUGAUAUUAACCUAUAGUAUAAGUUUUAUAAAAAUCUGGCAAGAAUUGUACCCGUGAGAGCGCUAACAAGGCAAUUUUCCAUAAAUUUAAUAUUUCCAAGGGGCAUAACUUUUAAAAAAAAAAGUCAAUUGGCCACCAUGAUAAAACUUGUUCGAGGUAUUGCUGAUAUUAACCUAUAGUAUAAGUUUUAUAAAUAUCUGGCAAUAAUUGUACCCGUGAGAGCGCUAACGAGGCCAUUUUCCAUAAAUUUAAUAUUUCCAAGGGGCAUAACUCUUUUAAAAAAAAGUCAAUCGACCACCAUGAUAUAACAUGUCUGAGAUUGCUGAUAUUAACUUAUAGUAUAAAUUUUAUAAAAAUCUGGCAAGAACUGUACCUGUGAGUGCGCUAACAAGACGGGACAGACAGACGAACACCCGGUAUUUCCAUGUCCCCUGCAACGCAUAACGCGGGGGACAAUAAAAACAACUGCAAAUAAAAUCAAGUGAAAGGACAUUUGCCACAUCUCUGGAAUAGCAAAUCUUAAAUACUUUUUUUUAUUUAACAUAUAAUAGCCUGUAUCACUUUAUAUCAAUAUUUUAGGUGUAUUAUAUGAAUGUCAUGUAAAAUACUGUAUGUUGUAAAGAUUAUAUUUGUUAUAUGUGUAUACCCGCUUGGGAUCCUAAUUUGGAAAUAAUAAAUCUUAUCUAAAUGCACCAUG